AUGGGGUACACUUCUCCACCAUCAGAACCAAACACCUGGUCACUGUCUCAUGCUCUCCUGGAGUUUAAGAAACCCCAAAAUUUUGCCACUUUGAUAGGUGAAAAAUGCAUAGUUGUUUCUCUUCAGGUGGUGAUAAAUGGAGGUGCCACGUCCAGUGGCGAGCAGGACAAUGAAGACACUGAGCUCAUGGCGAUCUACACCACGGAAAAUGGCAUUGCAGAAAAGAGCUCCCUCGCGGAGACCCUGGAUAGCACUGGCAGUCUGGACCCCCAGAGAUCGGACAUGAUUUACACCAUAGAAGAUGUUCCUCCCUGGUACCUCUGUAUAUUUCUGGGGUUGCAGCACUACCUGACGUGCUUCAGCGGGACGAUCGCAGUGCCCUUCCUGCUGGCCGACGCCAUGUGUGUGGGGUUCGACCAGUGGGCCACCAGCCAGCUCAUUGGGACCAUUUUCUUCUGCGUGGGGAUCACAACUUUGCUGCAGACAACGUUUGGAUGCAGGUUACCCCUGUUUCAGGCCAGUGCUUUUGCAUUUUUGGCCCCUGCUCGAGCCAUCCUGUCUUUAGAUAAAUGGAAAUGUAACACCACAGAUGUUUCAGUUGCCAAUGGAACAGCCGAACUGUUGCACACAGAACACAUCUGGUACCCCCGGAUCCGAGAGAUCCAGGGGGCUAUCAUCAUGUCCUCAUUGAUAGAAGUGGUCAUAGGCCUCCUAGGCCUGCCUGGGGCUCUGCUGAAAUACAUCGGGCCCCUGACCAUCACGCCCACAGUGGCCCUCAUUGGCCUUUCUGGUUUCCAGGCAGCAGGAGAGAGGGCUGGCAAGCACUGGGGCAUCGCCAUGCUGACAAUUUUCCUAGUAUUACUGUUUUCUCAAUAUGCCAGAAAUGUAAAAUUUCCUCUCCCAAUUUAUAAAUCCAAGAAAGGGUGGACUGCAUACAAGUUACAGCUUUUCAAAAUGUUCCCUAUAAUCCUGGCCAUCCUGGUGUCCUGGCUGCUCUGCUUCAUCUUCACGGUGACGGACGUCUUCCCUCCCGACAGUGCAAAGUACGGCUUCUACGCUCGCACGGAUGCCAGGCAGGGCGUGCUUCUGGUGGCCCCGUGGUUCAAGGUUCCUUACCCAUUUCAGUGGGGACUGCCCACUGUGUCCGCGGCCGGUGUCAUCGGCAUGCUCAGCGCCGUGGUGGCCAGCAUCAUCGAGUCUAUCGGUGACUACUACGCCUGUGCGAGGCUGUCCUGUGCCCCUCCACCUCCCAUCCACGCCAUAAACAGGGGGAUUUUCGUGGAGGGUCUCUCCUGUGUUCUCGAUGGCAUAUUUGGUACUGGGAAUGGCUCUACAUCAUCCAGUCCCAACAUUGGAGUUUUGGGAAUUACAAAGGUCGGCAGCCGCCGGGUGAUACAGUGCGGAGCAGCCCUCAUGCUCGCCCUGGGCAUGAUCGGCAAGUUCAGCGCCCUCUUCGCGUCUCUUCCGGACCCUGUGCUCGGAGCCCUCUUCUGCACACUCUUCGGAAUGAUCACAGCUGUCGGCCUCUCUAACCUGCAGUUCAUUGAUUUAAAUUCUUCCCGGAACCUCUUUGUGCUUGGAUUUUCAAUCUUCUUUGGGCUCGUCCUUCCGAGUUACCUCAGACAGAACCCUCUUGUCACAGGGAUAACAGGAAUCGAUCAAGUGUUGAACGUCCUUCUCACAACUGCUAUGUUUGUGGGAGGCUGUGUGGCUUUUAUUUUGGAUAACACCAUCCCAGGUACCCCAGAGGAAAGAGGAAUUCGGAAGUGGAAGAAGGGCGUGGGCAAAGGGAACAAGUCACUCGACGGCAUGGAAUCCUACAAUUUGCCGUUUGGCAUGAACAUUAUUAAAAAGUACAGGUGCUUCAGCUACUUGCCCAUCAGCCCCACCUUUGUGGGCUACACGUGGAAAGGCCUCAGGAAGAGCGACAGCAGCCGGGGCUCGGACGAGGACUCGCAGGCUGCGGUAUAGCCCCAGCUGCGCCAGACGCGGUGAGGCGUGUGCCCAUCGUUCCUCCUGGGUAACGAGAAGUGAAAUACAUGUUUGUAUAUCUACAUUUAC